AUGGGAACAUCGGUACUCAUCGGCUUACUUGUUUGUUUAGUCUACGAUGUAUCAGGAAAGGCGGUUAUUGUUCAUAAAAGAUCUAGCACAUGUUAUGGAGAUCUUGGAUGUUUCAGUACCAGUUCGCCAUUUUUCAGUAUACAGAGACCCAUCAACUUUCUUCCUCAGAGUCCAUCUAAGAUAAACGUCAGAUUCCUGUUAUAUACUCGCCAAAAUCAUGAUAAUGUACAUUUCAUUAACAUGAAUGAUUACACUGAUAUAACAAAUUCCCAAUUUUCCGGAGGAAGACCGACAAAAAUUGUCUCGCAUGGUUUCCUUGAGAACGGUUUCGUAAAGUGGAUGAAAGACAUGAAGGAUGCUUUCCUGACACAGGGAGAUUACAACGUUAUAUUAGUAGACUGGGGAGGAGGAUCAAAGCUUCCAUAUACACAAGCCACAGCCAAUACCAGAGUUGUAGGAGCGCUUAUAGCCAAACUCAUCAAAUUUUUGCAAGAACGUGGAGAUGCCAAGCCACAAGAUAUGCACAUCAUUGGGCAUAGUCUUGGUUCACACAUUGCCGGAUAUGCUGGUGAAAGAACACCGAAUCUUGGACGUAUCACUGGACUAGAUCCGGCUGGACCUUACUUUGCGGGUACAGACAAACUUGUCAGAUUAGAUCCAACCGAUGCCACAUUUGUGGAUGCCAUUCAUUCUGACGGAUCACCAUUAAUUACAUUAGGAUUUGGAAUGAUGCAACCAGUGGGACAUGCUGAUUAUUAUCCCAACGGUGGUAAUAACCAACCUGGAUGUGACAAGGACCCGAUCAGUAGUGUCCUUGUUGAAGGAAGUCUGUACAACGGUGGAAAGCAGUACGUUGCCUGUAAUCAUUUGAGGUCAUACACGUACUUUACUGAAUCAAUUAAUUCUCGUUGUCCUUUCACUAGUUACCGGUGUAAAGAUUUCGACUCUUUUCAGAAAGGACUAUGUACAGAUUGCAGUAAUAACAAUUGUGGUCAAAUGGGUCUCCAUGCCGAUCUUUACAAGCCACGAGCUGGUACCGUAAAUACUAAAUACUAUCUCGACACAUCGGCUAACAGACCAUUCUGUAGAUACCAUUACCAAAUACAAGUAACCAUUGGAAGUACUUCUAAACUAUGGCGAGGUAAACUUUAUGCUUCUAUGCACGGAACAAAAGGAGAGAUCCCAGAUACACUUCUGACCAGCAGCAGUCAGUAUUUUACACCAGGACAGAGCUACAGGUUCUUGGCAACCGCACCACAUGACGUUGGAGAUGUAAAUGAUGUAGUUGUUCAUUGGCACCAUCAAUCAACCCUAUUAAAUCCUUUCCAAUGGAACCCUUUCGGAGUUCGUAAUCCUACACUGUUAAUAUCUAGAGUUCAUAUAGCCCAUGCAUCAAAACAGUCGACUUUUUGUACACGAGGAAAGGAAGGAUCACUGGAAACUGAUACAACUGUACGGUUAUAUAGGAAAUGUUGACAACGUGUCUAUAAUUAAUUGUACAGAUAAAUAA